AUGCGCUUGAAGUGGUCUUCUAUAUACUUGUCACUCUGGCCAUGCAUCGAGGCGACCUGUGAAUGCGGCUUCCGGGUUCCAGAUGGCCAGUCUCAAGACUUGUCGACAUUUAUGUAUGCAUUGGAGACCAACUUUGUCUCCAUGAAAUUGAUUGAUGCAGACAAGGACUGGAUACGACAAGAGUUUAAUGUUACAGCCCAAGCUGGACGGGGACGGUAUGGCAAGACUUUUACGCCUGACAAUGUUGUUGCUACACACGGAAAGGGUCUACAGCUACAAGUUGAUAGUCAGCUUAAAUUCAACUCAGUACUCGCUGCGGAAGUCGAUACAUCCAGACUUGAUCUGCUCUGGGGAUCAUAUAGAGCCGGUAUGCGAUUGACGGCGAUACCAGGCACCUGUGCAGCAUUUUUCUGGGUAAGUGAAUGA